AGCCGAUCAUCAUUCCUCUUAUUUCGUCCACUCCCCCCUCCUUACCCUCCCCUCUUUCCUCCUCCCGACCCCAUUAAGUAUUCUGGUCUUCUGACAAUGCGGUCCCCUGUACUCUACUACGUCCCCUGAUCGCAUCAUGUUUCUUUCGUCCGACCCAGACGGUGAGACCUUGGGUCCGUCGGUCAGUAUCAGCCGUGGGCCAGACCCCGGCUCAGGUCCUCAGGACAAUAAAGCGCAUUACUUUAGCACCGCCAUCGAAGUUGGAACCGUCGAGCAACAGCAUCAAGAGUUGGGCUCCCGAGCAGACCGAUCAUCACCCAAGCGAUUCGAAUUACAAGAUCUAGGACCCAAAUUCAGCAGCGACGACAAGCACUCCACCACAGUCACCGACAGAUUACUGGGAGAAGACGAAAUGAGCACCACAGUUUCGACGCUGGCAUCGCAUCCUCUGUUUCCGCCGCUACCCUCCUAUGGACCGCCGUCAUUGGUCUUCUCGUUGAAAUGUCUACUCAUCCGCUGCGUCUCGUUCGUCCUGUCGCUGCUAUUUUUGGGCACGGUCCUGGUGGCAGCCAUCGUACACAUCGUCAUCACCACCGUUUUCUCGCCCCCCAGCAGCGGGCGACGUGGCCAGGAUUCUAGCGAGGGAAGCAAAUUUUCCGCGGAAGAGCGGUCACGGCGCACGGAACGAAUCAAGGCUUUGCGGCGUUGGAGUUCUCGACAGGAAAAGGAGGUGAACGAGGAAGGGCUGGAUGAGUGUCCACCUUUGGAAGGUGGCAAAGAUCCCAUCGUCUGUGACGUUGCCUAUUAUGCCCGCCGCGUUGGGUUGGACGUCGAGACCUUCAAGGUCCAGACAGAGGACGGGUUCAUCCUCACGCUCUGGCAUGUCUACAAUCCACAGGAAUACACUCCCUUACCCGCCAAGGCUCGUCGACAUCGCGGACCGGAAGUGUUCACCGGCGAGACGAACCCCGAGGUUGCAACGCGUUCCACGCCUCGCAAGUACCCCGUCCUGCUGAUGCACGGCUUGCUUCAAAGUGCUGGGGCUUUCUGUGCCAAUGAUGACGACAGCCUGGCGUUCUUUCUCUGCAAAUCCGGCUAUGAUGUCUGGCUGGGCAACAAUCGUUGUGGCAUGACCCCCGAGCACACAUCGCUACUCGAGACAGACCCGCGUAUGUGGUCGUGGAACAUCCAGCAGAUGGGCGUGCUCGAUUUGCCGGCCCUCAUCUCGCGCGUUCUCUACGAGACCGGCUUCGAGAAGCUGGGUCUGGCCUGUCACUCCCAGGGCACUGCGGAAACCUUUAUCGCCCUUGCGAAGGAUCAGCGGCCCGACUUAGGCAAACAUAUUUCGGUCUUCUGCGCCCUGGCACCGGCCGUGUACGCCGGCCCACUGAUCAACAAGGCGUGUCUGAGGUUCAUGCGCAUUAUCCCACCACAGAUCUUUAGCGCCUUCUUCGGCAUCCACUCUUUCAUUCCAUUCAUGAUGACUGUUCACCGUCGCCUUCAUCCGCGUAUCUACGGCGCCCUCGGCUACUAUGUAUUUUCUUUCCUCUUCGGCUGGAAGGAUUCCCGCUGGGACCGCGCUCUCCGUGAUCGGAUGUUUCAAUUCGCACCGGUUUAUGUCAGCGCGGAAACCAUGCGUUGGUGGCUCGGACAUGGGUGUUUCGCCAACCAUAAAUGUAUCCUCGCGACGGAGGAGUCGACGAUGGCGGAGAUGGAAGAGGACCUUCGCCAUGACGAGUCAUCGCCGCCCCGUCGGGACACAGCGUGGUACGGACCGCAGGUACCCCCGAUGGCGUUGUGGAUCGCCGGCUCCGACGGCCUCGUCGACGGGCAGCAGUUUCUGCGACGGCUGCAAAAAGGCCGCGAACCGCACGUUCGCUUGGUGCACGCCAAGGUUAUCGACGAGUACGAGCAUCUGGACGUACUCUGGGCCAUGGAUGCGGUUGACCAGGUUGGCCAGGAGGUGCGGCAGGUGUUGUGGCAGACGAUGCCGGAGGAGGCAAGGGCGGUGUGUCGAGUGCCCAGGGGAGUCGAAUAAUGUCGAGGAUGGGAUUUUAUGCGUUAUACAUAUACGAAGCGACCUUUGUACAUAUAUUAGAUUUGAUUUCUGUAUAUAAUAGACAUGAUUGAUACGACUGACAGAC